AUGAACUCCACACCCCCUUGGCUAAGGGAUUGGCCGGUGGGCGUGUUUUACUGUUGCUCGGACUAAAGUUGGAAACCAGCCGCUCGAAAGUGCUGUUGUAUGGGGAGCGAGAGCGGAGGGGAAGGAGCCGCAACCAGCCAUCAACCAACUGGCCUCGUUCUUAAUAACAGCUAUAAGACUACCCCAUCACCAAAUAGCCACUACAAAUGACUACCAGGAACAAUUUAAUAUUUUAGGAAAAUGCACCUUUCCGCCAGCUCCAGUUGAAAAUAAGCAUUCUAGAUCGCUGUCUCUCACCAGAAACCAGCAUGAACGUCAGUGCCGACUCUCUCUCCAGUACCAACUCAUAUCUCAUCUGUAACAACUGUCAAAAAGUGAUCAGGAAAAAGGAAAAAGGAAUGAAAGUCCCUCGACCCCUCACCAGCGGACCCAGCUCCUUCAUUCCGGAAAAUGAGAUCAUCGAGGCCACGCCUGUGGACGGCCACACCAUCCUGUUGCUGGCGGAGGAGUACUCCACGAGUGGGCGCCUGGACAACAUAACCCAGGUGAUGGGCCUUCACCCCCACUACCUGGAGUCCUUCCUGCGGAGUCAGUUCUACAUGCUGAGGAUGGAUGGACCCCUGCCGCUGCACUACCGCCACUACAUCGCCAUCAUGGCGGCCGCACGGCACCAGUGCUCGUUCCUGGUAAACAUGCACGUUCAGGAGUUCUACCAGAUGGGCGUGUGCGUGGAGUGGCUGAACGGGCUACAGCAUGCUCCUCAGCGGCUGAGGAACCUCAACGAGAUCAACAAGAUUCUCGCACACAGACCCUGGCUCAUUACCAAGGACCACAUACAGAAACUGGUUAAGACAGGGGAGAACAGCUGGUCUUUAGCGGAGCUGGUCCAUGCAGUGGUCCUGCUAGCCCACUUCCAUGCCCUGGCUAGCUUCGUGUUUGGGAGUGGCAUCAACCCCGAGCCAGAUGGGGAGAACACCAACGGCUUCCAGCAGAUGGGCGUCAGCAACGUGUGCCUGUGUGACCUGGCCAAUGACAACAUCCUUGAGGAGGUCCCCUUCAGCAGCCCCUCCCUCGGGACAACGGACUCUGUGAGCGAGCUGGAGGCCCUGAUGGAGCGGAUGAAGAGACUGCUGGAGGAGCGAGAGGACGAGGAGGCCACGCAGGAGGAGAUGGCCACACGCUUCGAGAAGGAGAAGAAGGAGAGCCUCCUGGUGGGCUCUGGAGGUUUUCAAGAUACAAUGGUGCCAACAUCGAAAGUGUCCCAAUUCGUGGAAGACGCCACCUUUGGCUACCAGGACUUUGCCAGGCACGGGGAGGACAACCCACCAACAUUCAGAGCACAGGAUUAUUCAUGGGAAGAUCACGGCUUUUCGCUGGUCAACCGGCUCUAUUCUGACAUCGGCCAUCUGCUGGACGAGAAGUUCCGUACGGUGUACAACCUGACCUACUACAACAUGGCCAGCCACGAGGACGUGGACACCACCAUGCUGCGCCGCGCUCUCUUUAACUAUGUGCACUGCAUGUACGGCAUCAGGUAUGAUGACUACGACUAUGGAGAGGUCAACCAGCUGCUGGAGCGCAGCCUGAAGGUGUACAUCAAGACAGUGACCUGCUACCCGGAGAGGACCACUCGCCGCAUGUAUGACAGCUACUGGCGUCAGUUCCGCCACUCUGAGAAGGUACAUGUGAACCUGCUUCUGAUGGAGGCGCGCAUGCAGGCCGAGCUCCUCUACGCUCUGCGUGCCAUCACACGUUACAUGACCUGAGAGGGAGGGGGGUGUCCAGCUCUCCUCCGACCCUCUGCCUCCCCACCGCCCCCCUUCCCCUGGAGUGGGUUGCUGUGCUGAGUCCUAUACGGAUGGGGGGGUUGUCCAUGUGUCCCCAUAUGUCGUUAUUUCACAGUGUGCCUCUUGGCUCCCAUAACCUACCCUGCAGUAUCCCUCCCUGCCUCCUGGCGGAGCUCAGCACAGUGUCAUGGCUCAGAGGUGCCAUAAACUCUCCCUUCUUUUUUUAUCCCCUCCCAGAGAAUCUUGCGAGGCACAAAAGCUAUUUCAGUGGCUCUUCAUUAUCUCUGAAAGGAAGAAAAGAUGCAAUAUUACAAUAAUACGGAAGAGUCCGACUUUCAGUGCCAAGUAGUCCCUGUGUCAUUAUUUUACUUUACUUUUUAUUUAUUGGCAGGACUGGCUAAUGUGAAAGGGCAGUGAGAUUUCCCGUGGUCUGCUAGUGGAUAUGUAGCCUGAAAAUGUGAAAAUCAUUUUAAAAUAGUAACAUAUUAAAGCAAAGGCCAGUCAUCUCAAACCCGGCAUGAAAUGAGAGAAUAGCACAUUUGAAAAAGCUAUCAGUUCUCUUUGGGUGGCAUGUAAAGGCUCCUAACUGUACCAGAUCAUAAAGUGUAAAAUGGGCAUCUUUAUCUAAGAAGUCUAUCAUUGCAUUUUACACAUCUUUUUUGGCACAAAUAAAGCAUAGGCAGAAUAUUCAGAAAAGUCAUCCGUAAAUUCACGUAUCUAGUUAUGUGAUUCAUGUAGCAUUUGUACCAUCUGUUUAACUGAAUCCUUCCAACUGUGAUGCUUUGUGUUUUUAUACAUAAGAAUCAUAUAUCAGAGGGUGUUUCUGCACUUACAGGAAACUAAUUACUGAUACCCAAAGCGAUUGCACAAUUGACUGAUAGACACUGUGGAGUCACUGGAAGAGACAAAGAAAUAGUAACAUAUCUGAACAGUGAAAUAAAGGUUUUGGGGGUUGAGCUGGAGCUAUAAAUCUGUAUGUAUCAACAUGACAAACAGAAAAACGGAAAGUGUUUCAUAAGUAUACAGAUAAAAUUAAUAUAGAUAUUCUUCUAUGUGGAGUUAAUGGUCUGUCUGCUCCUCGUGUGUCUGUGCAUCAUGUUAUCCUGUGGUGAAUGUUCUGAUGUUAAUGGGCUCAAAUGCAUGACGUAGUGUAGGGAAGGUGAGACUUUGAGUAGGAACUUUCAUAUAUACUAAUCUAUAAAUUAAAGUGAUGGCUUUUUAAAUAGUCAAUUCUUUCAUUUCAAGCCUUGAUUGAGAUGACCAGUCUUGCACUUUUAGGUAUAAUUUUCACCACCUGGUUUAAUGUAGCUUCCAAUAGUGUGGCCACAUUCUGAUUUUCAAACCUACACAGAUUUUUAUAGACCUAAUAAAUACAGUAAUACACCGAUGAUGGGAAAUGGCUACACUAUAUAUUAUAGGCAGCACAGGCUGCAUUCCUAAUUGAUUCCUACUCCCCUAGCCAGCACUGAUUUCUGAUCAGUGGUCAGAAAAGGGAGCCAGUCAAUGGCUGAUUCACACACUUGCAUGACCUUAUCAGAGGUCAGUGUUUGGAUUGCAGCCGUGAACGAGAGACUGUCGAGGAUCUCAGGUUCUCAGCCAUUAAAAAUGAAAGGCAAACAUCAUGUGCUUACAGAGCAUUUUCCCCCAAAUGCUUUGUGCUCCACCGAAGGCUCACAUUGCUGUUUGCUGUAACAUUGCCAAAUCUACACCAUGUUGCCUUCUAUUAACCCAUUUGCUACAGGGGUACAUCUGUGAUAUUGUGGGCCAUGCAUCUGUAUGCCUUCCCCUUGAGAAAAUUGCUCAUUGCCAUUAAGCAGCAGUUAUGCAAAACUCGUCUCCCUGUGAAAGUGCGGCUUUUCUCAGAGGCCUCCAUUUCCCAUGGCUCAAGUACAGGUGUGUCACUAAAGGAUGUCAGAGCAGGAGCAUGUAUACAGUGCAUCUGAUUGUGUGCUGAAAAAAAGCUCUUCUGCUUACUGAUGUGAUUGGGGGAAUUUAAUAAGUGCAAUAUUCAUCUCUGGUGAAUCAUCAAGUUUUACAGUUAGAAAUACUGUGCUAGAGUAUUAACCCUUACAAGAAUUAAGCUCAGUUCCCUAAAAAAGAAGAUAUUAUUUUCCACUUAAAUAUUUGCACAUUUAUAAAGUUUCAGGACUUUGAAAACUGUGCUGUUUUGCUCUAUAUUAGAAUAGAGCAUAAAUUACCACCAUAUGACAGACUUUCAGAGCACUAGAUUAUCUGUAAUACAUCAUAGAUUAGAUCUGCUGGUUCCCCAUCUUCUGUUCUUCUAUAAAUGUAUGUUUUCAGUAUUAAUGGUUUUGUUCAAGAGA